AUGCCGGCUGCCACGAUGCAAUCAUUCGAUCCAAAGCCGGAGGUUUCCCUGUCGAGCAACGAUGCCCACGUCCUCUCCGCGCUCUUCGACCCCGAGGCCUCGCUCUCGCGCGACGAUGUCGACAUAUCAGCAUCACAAAACUCUCUACCCGGAAUAUCCGAGAGCGAACUUCCAGGCCUACAAUUAAUCGAGAGCGCAGCGAUACGGCCGCUCAACACCCCCAGCCCUUCUAGAGAAACGGUGGAAGCGGCGACCGAAGCUCUCGGCGACCUGAUAGUGGCCCACCCCUCGUAUGCAUCGGCGUACACGAACAGAGCGCAAGCACUACGACUGCUACUCGGCGACGACCUCUUCUCUUCUGCCAAUAACACUCUCUUGAGCCGUCUCCUCUCCGAUCUCUCCCGCGCCAUCGCCCUCACAACGCCCGCAUCCCCUCAAGACACCCUCUCACGCCUGCAAGCCCACGUCCUCGCAACAGCGCAUACGCACCGCGGCUACAUCCUGCUGAAAGCAGCCAAAGCAGCGCGAGACGGAGUGCUAGAGGGCGGGCCAGAGGAGCUAAGGCGAGCGUCGAGCGACGAGCUGGAGGAGAUGGCAAGUCGGGACUUCUUCCUAGGCGGAAGGUACGGAGAUAAGACAGCGCAGCAGAUUGCGGUCAGGCUGAAUCCGUAUGCGAAGAUGUGUGGUGCGAUUGUGAAGGAGGCGAUGCGGAAGGAGAUGGAUGAGUAUCGGAAUGGAUUGGAGUUGUAG